AGGAACUCCGUAGCGCAUGUUUAGUUACCACAGUAUUCAAAGAGCUCAGAGUAACGCGCUUACUUCGUUGUAUGUAUUCUAAAAUAAAACCACGUUGCUAGAUAAUGCCACCAAAGGGGAAAGGUGGGAAGGAGGGGAAAGGUGGUAAGGGGGGUAAAGCCCCUGCUGCCUCGGGAAGUGGAGAUACAGACAAAAACGAAAAGGCACCGAAGGGUGGUACUGCUGUGAAGGUCCGGCAUAUCUUAUGUGAAAAACAUGGGAAAUGCAUGGAGGCCAUGGAAAAGUUAAAGGCUGGUGUUCGAUUCAACGAAGUAGCUACACAAUAUAGUGAAGACAAAGCCAGACAAGGAGGGGAUUUGGGUUGGAUGACGCGAGGAUCAAUGGUUGGACCCUUUCAGGAUGCAGCAUUUGCCUUGGCUAACAGUACGACGGAUAAACCAGUCUACACAGAUCCCCCAAUAAAGACCAAACAUGGCUACCAUAUAAUUAUGGUUGAAGGAAAAAAGUGAAUUUUGGAGCUCAAACACUAUGAUCUAACUAUGAGUGAUCUUUGUGUUAUUUGAUGUUUUAGGUACACCUGCUGCUAUGCAGAUGAGCCGUUUGCUAGUUUGAGAAUGUUUAUCAAAAACAUUCUCCAAUGGGAGCAGAUUUCAAACAAAACAAUUCCUUUUUUUUGGGAAAGAGUUUCUCUUCACUGUUAACAAAAAUGAUAUGCAAGAAAUUGAAUAAACAUUUCUAACCAAAAGUAA